AUGAAUACCUCGGCCAAACCGACCUUAGUGUCGAUUCGAUCCAUCGAGUCGAUUUCUCAGAUCUCAGAUGCCAUGGCUCACGUUUUUCAGGACGCCCAAAUGACUCUUUCCGGCCAUAGAAAGUUGGUUGUGCUUCUUAGAAGCAUUCAAGUAAGAGCCAUCUCCAUUGGCUAUGAGGAAAUGUUCAAUUUCCAAUUCAUCAAACUUAUAUCGAAGAUAUUGAAGUUGAGGAAAGGUGUGCCUGCUGCAGACCGCAUUGCGAAGUUCUGUUCUGUGGUGGUGGCCACUAUUCUCAAAGAGGAAGCUGACAAGCCUACACCGCGUCCAAACGGCGAUGUUUCCGACGAAGGUGAGCUGUUGGAGAGUGUCUCAUCCGAGUUUGUGGAUAAUCUCAUUCGUCACUUGCUUCGGGGCAUCGAAUCGAAGUUCAAGGAGGUCAGAUACAGGGUAGUGCAACUAUUGGCAUAUUUGGUCAACUACAUCACUGAAAUUGACGAGCAGCUCUUCAAGGCGCUCCGCUACUCCCUCAAUAGACGUCUCUAUGACCGUGAGCCCAUUGUGCGAAUUCAGGCCGUGGUUGCUAUUUCCAGAUUUCAAUAUUUCCAAGAGAAUGAUGAAGAUGUCAAUUCUGCAACCAAAUCUCUAUUGGUCAGCUUGAGGCAUGACGACUCGCCAGAGGUUCGUAGGGCUGCGCUCUUGAAUCUAGUGAAAACUAAAGAAACUCUACCUGAUAUCCUUGAAAGAGCGAGAGACACUAACGCUAUUAAUAGAAGAUUGGUGUACUCACGAAUUCUUCGAGAAAUCACUAGUUUCAGCGACGUGAGUGUAGAUGUAAGAGACCAAUUACUCAGUUGGGGACUCAACGACCGUGACUCCAGUGUUAAAGCAGCGGCAGAAAAUAUGUUCUCGAAGACUUGGCUAGCUUUAGCCAAUGAAGAUAUUCUCGAGUUAAUUGAAAACCUUCGAGUCAUCGACAGCGAGGUGGCGGAGAGUGCUAUGACUGUGCUUUACGAGCUGAAGAGAGAUAAGCUAGAUGGUGUGGAAAUCAGUGCACAAACUUGGAAAGAGCUUACAGUGGAAAGAGCAUUUUUCAUCAGAACCUACUUUGAGUUCUGCAACCAACACAAGCUCUACGACAACAUCGAGAAGAACAUUCCUGAGUUGACACGCAUGGCACUAAUGUUGCAGCAGUAUUUAAAAUUGAGAAGCUCCAUGUUGAGUUCAAACAAGGAAUUGGUGGAGAAGCACAUGUCACACGAAAGAAAAUUGGAUAAGUUCACUCAGCUACUCAAAAACACAAAUGCAGAGCUGUUAGAGUUUACACGCAAGGUCACCAAGGAAACUGCCUACAUCCAACAGCUUUCGGUGCAUGUUAAUGAGUUCAAGGAGAAAAUUCAAACAAAGAAAAACCAGAUGACUAAGUUCAACGAUCGCAUGAAGAAAGCACCAAGUGACACUUUGAAACACGAGAUCGAAGAACUUCGCAUGGAGAUUAAGACUUUGGAAACUGAAUCACAGGAGUCUCAAUCGGCGUUGGGCCAGUAUGAAAUCACUUUGGAGCAGCAUAAAGAACGGUUGAAGGAGCUUUCAAAAAUCGUGCACCACCAGUCUAGCGAAAGAGAUGCCUAUAUUGAAGCGUCUGGAGACUUUGAAGCCGAGUACGGACCUUUUGGAGAGCAGCUACAGGAGUUGGAAUUUAUCAUUGAACAGUUGCUCUUGAUCAUCAAGGGGAGUGAUUUCGCUGAUGUGGCAGGUACAAGAAGAUUGAUGCCGAUUAUUACAAAUGCUUUGACACACGACAUCCUCACUGACAAACUUAUUUCCAUCAGUGUGAGGAUAUUGAGGCGAAUCUCCGUUGACGAGAGUUACUUUUCCAGCUUGUGCACAGAAAUCAUCACUGAUAUUCGAGACUCUGCCUCUGAUGAGAAUGACGAAACAUUUGUUUCUGCUGUUUCCAUAUUCGAAGGAAACGAAGACGAAGCUGAUGAUGAUGACGAGGUAGGCGAAAGAGAUAUACUGGAAAAAAGAAGAAAGCUUGCGCCGGCAUUGCCUGCGGACGAGUUGCUCAUCCAGUGUCUAAUGGUGCUCCAGCAUUACCUUGAAAAUGUGGAAGACACCCAAUCGAACAUCCAUCAGCUCGAUUCCAUGAUUGAUACCUUAAUCCGUCCAGCAAUCUCCAACAAUUUGAAUCCAACCAUCCGACUUCUUGGAUACACUAAUUUGGGGUUGUUUUCCCUCAUUGAUAAAGGCUUGGGCACAUCUAACCUCAAGUUCUUUGGUAUGAGUGCUUCCAAGUCACCAGACGAACAGUUGAAGGUGUUAUCCACCAAGAUUCUCUUUGAUGUAUUAUCUACGCAUGGUGUAGGUAUUCUCAGUGAUGAGGGCGAUGACUCUGUGGACUCGCUCUCAUUAGCCCGAUUGUUCUACAGUCUUCUCAAGUCAUAUGAGAUGCCUGCCUUACAGGCUGUGGUUGCAGAGGGACUUUGCAAGCUCUUUUUGGCUGAUUUAUUGGUUGACUUCGGCAGAGGUGAGCUCAGAGACAGCGAGGAUGAAACCAGCCAGGAAAUGCAGUUGCUAGAUGUUUUGAUGCUUUCUUAUUUCCACCCAUUGAAUGCAGAUAACCACGAGCUCAAACAAACGUUGGCGUUCUGCAUUCCCGUUUAUGCCUUCAGUCAUGCGAGCCAUCAGGGCAAGAUAAGUUCUGUCAGCGGUGAUUGUUUCUAUAGAAUCUUCCGCAGUGACAGCGAUUUGGCACGUUACGACAAUUUGAGUGGGCCAGCAACGGUGAUCCAGCAACUCAUCUACUGGGGUGAUCCUAACAAUCUCGUGAAUGUGACAGAAGAUGAAAUCCGUAAGAGCACGUCACAUUUCUGGCAGGCCAUGAAGUUUCUCCAGGUAAUUGAGCAGGAAUCACCCAAGGCCGUCAAAAAGGUCGUCAUUCAAAACCUUUCCAAGCUUUCUAUCACAGAGGAAUUAGGCUCAGAGUUACUCUCGGGGCUCAAGAGUGCUAUUGAUGAUACAAGACGGUUGAUCAGUGACAACCAGCAAAACGAAGAGUUUAUCUUCGAUGCAGCUACAGAGAAGGCUAUGGAUAAGUUCCAAGUGUUUGUUGGAGAGUUGGUGAAGAAGGCACUGGAGACUGAGGCAGCCAUCCGAGCCAGAACACCUGUAAGAUCACGAAGCAAUUCGGUUUCGGUGAAGGUGGAGGCGACAGAAGAUGUGAGAGCGGACGGUUCGAAUGAAAAGGAAAUGGACAAGAGGGAAGCUGAAGACGAUAACGGGGAAAUGGAGCUAAAAAUUAAAGAAAGCAAUCUUGCAGAGAUUCUGCCUUCGCAACCUGUGGUUGCAAAUCGUGACGCAGAUGAUGCAGAUUUUGCAGAUGUUCCCCAUGUCAACUCUGCGAAUAUUGACAACACCGACACUAUAGAAACCAACGAUGCCACCCUCAACAUUCACAGCCAAGCCAUUCCCGCCAAACCUGUCGUACCGGAUUUGGACGAAAUCGACCAAUUUCUUGAUGCCGAGGACCAGGUGGAAUACGACAUCUCCAUGGAGUAA